AUGUCGGCAUCAAAGGCACCUCCUCCACUGGAGACAACACACAUCAUUGGUGGGAACGUGAAGCAGGCGAAGUUCGAUCGUCAAUUGCGCCUCUGGGGUGCCGAUGGACAGGUGGCCCUCGAAACAGCGCAUGUCGUUGCGCUUGGUGUGACCCUGGCUAUCGCCGAAGCGCUUAAAUCCCUCGUGCUGACUGGCGUGCGAACUGUUACCCUCGUCGACGAGCGGGUUGUAUCUGGCGAGGACGUAGGAACCAACUAUUUCGUGACGCCCACGGCGGUCGGCUCUCCCCUGGCGGCGACGGUGUUGCGGCACAUCUGCGUGUUGGGGGAGCAGUGCAGUGCGGUACCGGUGCAGGAGUCCCCGAGGGAAUGGGCCGCUAAGUACACCGCAGCUGUAGACGAGGACUGGGCUGCUGGAUGCGUAGGCAUUGGUCGAGGUUGGUCAUUCACAGCGGCAAGGGAGACACAGACUGAGCCAGGACUGCCAACGUCGGCUGUGCUGCGACUCCUCGCUGGUUAUGCGCCACUGGAAAUCGUGGACAGCUCUGCUUCAUUCACGAAUUCCUCUCGAGACGACUCCACCCACCAACCGUCUCUGCCGAGUCUCAUACUUGUCAGUGAGCGGUACGGCGAUCUCUCGCCAAUGUCGCCGCUUCUGCAGAGCUGCACGACACGUGUGCACCCGGAUGUGCCGGUGCUACUGGUCCGCAGCAGUGGCUUACUCGGGAUGCUUCAAACGUACUGCUGUGAUCGCGUCAUCACGCGCCCGCAGAACCCAACGCAGGUGCAGAUGGAGGAUCUACGCAUCUUUGAGCCGUUUCCGGCGCUGCAGGCUUGGUUCGACGCGCACGAUCCAGACGAUGCUGCGCAGUUCCCGGUGGACAGCGCGGACGCCAUGACGCUGCACAGCUACCUACCGUACCCGUGCAUCGUGCAUCACGCCUUUCGGCGAUGGUGGGCUGCGCUGCCGGAGGAGGAGAAGAAAUCUCGGCAGCAGUCCAAAUCUUCCUCGACCUUUCCACUGACCACCAACGACUACCGCGCCAUUUCUUCCUUCGUUGGGGGGAUGAUACGGCGGCAGAACCCGCCCGAGGAGGCCUUUGUGGAGGCGAUGGAGAAGUGCACGGCGAAGCUGAAUCGACCAGUGGUGCAGCAGCUACCAGAGGCGCUCGCCGAGCUGCUGCGCGAUGCGCGUUGCGCGGAUCCCAUGCGCGCUAUGAAAGCGGCACAGUCGCGUGUCUCGCCAGCGGCACUGAUGUCGCCAUUUCCUGCGACGUGCCAGAUGGCGGCACUGCUUGUUUGGGGGUGUCCGGAUGUGCUUGUAUGGUUCAUUCUCCAAGCCGUGAAGUUGUUCGUGACGGGGAAAGUCGGCGGCGAGCGGGAAGCGGACAACGUGGCCUCCGACAAGUCGCCCACGGUGCGCCAAAGUAGGGCUAGUGCGGGGGAGGGGGAAGACGGGUGUGUGACAGCCUACACAGAGGCGCUGCCGUUCCGUCCCAUAUACGCCGCCUAUCAUAUGCCAUACUCGGGCUACCUGCCAGACUUCACGACAACCACCAUUUGGUACCGCGAGUUGCAGGACCUGUACCAGGCAAAGCAUGCCGCAGACGUGGCGUGUAUUGCGGCGACGGCCUUGGAGCUUGUCGAAGCGGCACUCCUACAGGAGGAAGAGCAAGCUCGCGCGAGAGAGGACGCAGAAGAGCAACAACAGUUCCACGGUCCGUUGAUGAUGUCGCCCUUGGCGACGAGGCUGAAGCCGCUCCUCCUCAAGCACACAGAAACGGUGGUGGAAAACAUCUGGGACAUACGAGGCGUUCGAUUUUCUGCCGCCUAUCGCUCCACUACGGAGGCGGAGUGGCGGCAGCGACUGGGGCGACGACUGGUGUGGCUGACACGUUACAUCUCCUUUGACGUGGAAUGGAGCGCAGACGCGCGGCGAGCGGCGUGCUUCGCGGUGGCCUUUCUCUCCAAAGAGGAGCUUCAGCGUCGUUGCGUGCGCGUUGCGGAGAGUGGCCUGAGCGGGAGCAGCAUCGCGCAGGAGGCUGCUGUGCUCAUGUCGCAGGCGUCCCAGGUGAAGACCGCGCUCAGCGACGAAGAUGACGAGGGCUUAACUCGCCAACCCUUUGAUGAAUCGGUCGCUUCGUGGUGGGGCGAAGAGGGCUCGCAAAGAGUUUUUACACAGACAUGCGAGGAAGUCGCGCGGUGGAGCAGUGAUAAAGAUGGUAACCGUGCGUGUAUGCAACUUCCCUCUGUAGCGGCGUCGACGGGCGCGUUGGCGGCGCAGGAGGCAGUGAAGUUGCUCAUGCGCAUUCGCGUUCCGUGCGCACAGCCGAUGCUCUACGACGGCUACACGAACAAAGUUUUCCUGCUGUAA